AUGAUUCUUCCCGCCUGCACAGCAACCCCAACUCAACUCCCCAAAAAACAACCACCCAUCACUACUCCUAUUCCAAAACACCACAACAAACACUCGGUUUUGCUGAAAAGCAGGAAAGAGCAAAUAGACCAAACUGUGUUAUGGACCUCUUCUAUAUCCCAACGCUGCCGAAAUGGCCAGCUGGCUCAAGCUGUCUCACAGUUCAUCCAAAUGAGACGAGCCCGGGUCGAACCAAACCACAUCACAUUCGUCACACUCCUCUCCGGCUGUGCUCACUUUCCCGCCAAAGCAGCAUUCUUCGGGCCCUCGCUUCAUGCUUAUGUAUGUAAACUGGGAUUAGAUAGGACUAAUGUCAUUGUGGGAACAGCUCUAAUUGAUAUGUAUGCAAAGUCUGGUCGGGUGGAGUUUGCUAGAUUGGCUUUUGGAGGGAUGGAGGUGAAGAAUUCGAUGAGUUGGAAUACUCUGAUUGAUGGGUAUAUGAAAAUGGGGAAUGUGAGGGAUGCAGUUGAGGUGUUUGAUGAAAUGCCUAAGAGAGAUGCGGUUUCGUGGACCACUUUAAUUGGCGGGUUUGUGAAGAAAAGGCGGUAUGAGGAUGCGCUGGAGUGGUUUCGUGAGAUGCAGGUCUCAGGUGUGGAACCAGACUAUGUGACCAUAAUUGCUGUCAUUGCUGCUUGUGCUGAUUUGGGAACUCUUGGGUUGGGAUUGUGGGUGAAUCGGUUUGUUACGAAGCAACAUUUUAGACACAAUAUUCGGAUAAGUAACUCGUUGAUUGAUAUGUAUUCUCGGUGUGGAUGUAUUGAUUUUGCUAGGCAAGUGUUUGGGAACAUGCCCAAUCGGACCUUGGUUUCUUGGAACUCGAUGAUUGUGGGUUUUGCCGUGAAUGGGCAUGCAGAAGAAGCUCUUGAAUUCUUCCACCAGAUGCAGAAGGAAGGGUUUAAACCAGACGGUGUCAGCUUCACUGGGGCUCUUACUGCAUGCAGCCAUGCUGGUUUGGUCGACGAGGGGCUCCAUUUCUUUGAUAAAAUGAAGAGGAUUCACAAAAUAACCCCAAGAAUUGAGCAUUACGGCUGCAUAGUUGAUCUCUAUAGCCGUGCAGGGAGGUUGGAAGAUGCCUUGAGUAUAAUAGAGAAUAUGCCCAUGAAGCCAAAUGAAGUGGUUUUAGGUUCUUUGCUAGCUGCUUGUAGAACUAGUGGGAAUGUUAACUUAGCUGAAAGACUAAUGAAGUACCUCUUCAAGCUGGAUCCUGGUGUUGAUUCGAAUUAUGUGCUCCUUGCCAAUAUAUAUGCAGCAGACGGUAGGUGGGAUGGUGCAAGCAAGGUUAGAAAAACUAUGAAAGAUCUCGGAAUCCAGAAGACUCCGGGUUUUAGUUCAGUUGAGAUUGACUGUGACAUUCAUGAAUUUGUGGCUGGUGAUAAAUCUCAUGUUGAUGCAGAGUAUAUAUAUUCGACACUAGAGCUUCUCUCUUUUGAGCUCAAAUUAUGUGGGUAUGUUCCUGAUCAAAUUAUAAGGGAAUAAUACAAGCAUGACUAAAACUUACUGCUAAUCAUGCUUAAUACGAAGACAUAUCAAAUGCACUUCAUGAGUUGCAAUUUAGCUGGCUAGACUUUCAUAGACCAAUAUCUCAAAUCUAGUAAUAUUCAUCGGGGUGAUUACUUACACCCAAAAGUUUGGAUUUUGAGUUGGUUAAACUUGAUCUGGAUGGGGAGAGCUCUGUUGAAAAGUUUUCAGAGACAUUUGGAUACCUUGCACAUGUAUAUACAAGUAAGCGUUUCUUUUAAGUC